GCCCCAUCCCCGGGGGCGGUUCUGCAGGCCCGGCCGGGCAGGACAUGGAGCUGAGCGCCCUGGGCCCGCAACCUGCGCGUUCCCGGAGCGGUGCCGAGGAAGGGGCCGAAGCUCCGGAGCUGCCGCUGCAUUCGGCGUGGACCUUUUGGCUCGACAAGUCCCUUCCUGGUACCACGGCAGCCGAAUGUGCCUCAAAUCUGAAGAAGAUUUACAGAGUACAAACAGUGCAGGAUUUCUGGAGUGUCUACAACAACAUCCCUCCCGUGACGAGUUUGCCCCUGCGAUGCAGUUAUCAUCUGAUGCGUGGAGAAAGACGGCCCCUGUGGGAAGAGGAAAGCAAUGCCAGGGGAGGAAUAUGGAAAAUGAAGGUCGCUAAAGAAAGUACGGCAGCAGUUUGGAAAGAGCUCCUGUUAGCAACUGUUGGAGAGCAGUUCACAGACUGCUGUGCUGCAGAUGAUGAAGUCAUAGGGGUGAGCAUCAGCGUUCGUGACCGUGAGGAUGUUGUACAGGUCUGGAAUGGGAAUGCCUCCUUAGCGAGUGAAGCAAAAGUGUUAGAAAAGAUACAUAAACUUCUGCCACACACCUCUUUCAGAGCCGUGUUUUACAAACCUCACAGAGAGCACCAUGCCUUUGAAGGCCAACGUGGGAGACAUUAAGUGCAGCCUUACAUUUGUCACUCACAGUGUGGUGAGGUGUCUGAGUGAGAAGGAUGGCAGGAGGCCCUGCAGAAACACUUCACACAGUGAAGUCCUCUUGGAUUUAAUGCUUCUCAUUGAGCUGUAGCUACUGAAAACGAGGAAGCACAGUUGCCCUGACUGCUGAAUGUGCCAUUCAUUACUUUUUGCUUGGUUGUGAUUUUAAUUCAUUGGGGUUUUUUUCUUUAAAAAGUUACUUGGCCUGGUUUUUUUUUGGUUUUUUUUUUUUUUUUUUUUCAAUUGUGUCAUAUUGAUUCCUGUUAAGAUACAACACUUUGGAUUCUUCUGAACUGUUUGUAGUUAAGUGCAGACAUGCACAGACGUGGUAUGCUGCUUUUUUGAGAUGGGGGAAAUACUGCCUUGGUGGAAUGUGUUUUCAAUUUUCUUUCUGAGACAUUCCUAUCAUAUGAAGAUUUACUCCCUGUCUUUGCCCCAGGAGAUGAAGGAGUUGCACGGCAUUAUCCUAAUGGGCUGUGUAAUCUGCUCUUGUGCUGACAACAGCACACGUCCUGCAAAAGUAAAUAGCAAAGUAUUCACUGAAUGGGCAACUGAAGAGAUGCAUUAAUUACGGGCCUGACCCUGGGUGAGGUGAAUGUUUAAAGUGUGGUGACUUCCAGAGAACCCUGGUUCAGGCUUGAAUUUGGAGAUUUUGCAGUAAGAAACCGUGUGAACCCCCACCUCCUAUUUAUUUAAGAAAGGAUAAUGAUUAUCAUCUUUUCACCACACGGUCUUUCCCUGUACAUUCAUGAUAAGAGUCACAAAUUCCUUCUAACCCAUUUGCCUAACCUUGAUCCAUCCCUCAUACUUCUGGAGAUGUUAGGCCUGCACCUAUAGAGGCUCAGAUCAGAAGUGCUAUUCACUUCAGUGCAAAGGAAGAAAUUCUGUCCCUCGUACUUUCAAACUGUUGUGGCUCUUUAGAUCAUCUCUUUAAUUUACAGGAAACAAAUGGAUUUUGUUUUAUGGCAUAAAUGUGAAUAAUAAUGAUGUUAAUCUGUAAAUGUUUGUAUUAAUUGAGGAGUUGGUUUGCUUUACUGUUCUACCAAAGAUUAAUUUAUCUCCUUUUGCAAUAAGAAGCUGUAAGAGAGAGAAGGAUGUGCGCUCUGCUCAGCAUUACCUUGUGGGUAAGAGGUCUUGCUUGGCAAAUGGUCCAGUUGAACUGAUCUCCACAUUUGGUGUAUUAAGAAGCAGCCAUUAGAAUCAAAUUAAGCAAUAAGAAUCACACAUAGGAGAGGUUGGUUGGGUUAUUUUUUUUUUUAUUUUUUAUUUUUUACAACUUUGUAUUUAUGAAUUAAAACUGUGCAGUUAGUGAGCAUUAUUAAUUAAACAGUUUCGAAAGUCCA